AUGGUGAGCCGGCUUGCCUUCCUGGGGACAGUCCUCGCGGCUUUCAGCUGCUCCUUGAAGCAACGCGUUCUCUGUCCCCCGACUCCCAGCAAGAUCCCCGUAGCUUGGGUUCUGUCCCGAGAUCUGUGCGCGGCGGCCUUCGUUUGUCUACGAAAUCCCCGCUUAUUUCCUGGUGCUCUUGCUGCUCGCGAUCCAGAUGAGGACAAUCCCGACAAACAGGAGACCCGUCGUCUCCCGCUGGUUGGUAGUCAGAGUCAAGGAGAAGGGGCAGAAGAAGUGUUUCCGCCAAGCUCGCCCGCUGCAACUGUAACCGAUGAAACUACAGGGGCACCCGCGGCUCCGCCAGCCGUACUUCCGGAAGGCCCGUCCGGUCCCACGCCUGAUUUGAGCGAUGCCAGUGAGCUAUAA